GCCUCAGUAUCAUAGCAACAGCAUGGCGUCUCUAAUACCUGACGGAGUAUUGCUCGAUGCUUCUGAUCAAGCACCCGCGCCGUCAAAAGACUUUUGUCAGCUGUACAUUACGACAAAUGACGAGGUUAUCUGGAGGUGGUGGAAAAUCUCGCUUCGAAAUGAAGAGAAGCUCUACCCAGGGGAAUUAAAGGAUAAUUAUGAAGAUUUCUUAGACGAUGAAAGAAUUCAAAACGAGAUCAAGAGAGUGUUUGGAAACAACAUGCUGGAGUAUGUGAAAGGUCUGGUCGAGGGUCACAUCGACUACCUGUGUCGCCUCCCGAGACGCGCUCUCCUUCACGUAGUCUCGCUACUGGACCUGCCGGACAUUAGCAAGAUUGCUCAGACAUCUAAACAGUUUCAAGAGAUCUGCUGGAGUGACGACCUUUGGAGCAUCUUGUAUCACAGAAGUUCUAACCAGCCUGUAACAGAAGAGGUGGAGUCGCUUGCUAAACAGAUGGGCUGGAGAAAUAUGUUCUUUACUAAUAAACUUCAGCUGAGGGUGAAGCUGAGUCAGCAGAAGCGACGCCGGUUCAGCUUUGAUGACAUGGCGUCUGGUUCCAUGAGCAGCACGACCUUCAUCACCCAGGGCGACCACAACGUAGACACUGCUGCCAUCUAGUGUGAUUCGAUCCAAUCACGAUUCAUCAGUCGGUCAUGUACGGAUGCCAAUGCAAUCAUCUCAAAAAUGAGUACAUAUGAUAUAGAUCUCGCUAUAUAGUAAAUAUGAUAUAGAUCUCGCUAUAUAGAUUAAACUCACAGACAUCGAGCCGUGCGACAUAUCUGUGAAUGAAUUCGUAAACUUACCUGGUUCUGAAGACUAACUCAGAUGUGGUGCUUAGAAUGACAUAUGUUUAGGUCUUUAGAUGUGAUAUGGAUGAUGAGAUGUUAAUGUCAGAGGAGCUGGUGGUGCAAAACGUGAAAAAAAAUCUUUUAGGUGCUAGUAGAAUUUUAUGCUUGUCCAGUUUGAUAUUUUUUUUUAAACAUGUUAAUCACAUGGUUUUAUAAAAAAAACUUCCAAAUGUUGUAUUUAGUCUUCCAAACACUUGCUCUGUUUCUAUCCAAGAUGUUGCUAUUAUGUUUAUGAAAGUAUUCCUUUUUUAAAUAACUUUUAGAAAAAUGUGCACUUUGUGAAACUUGGUUGGAUGUCAUUUCUUGACAUUUACUAGAAAUGAAAAUACAUAAUCUAUAAAAAAAGA